CCUGCACGUGUGGUGUUAAUGAGGGAUGAGACGUGAAGCAGCAGGCGUGAGGGGCGUGGUGGUGGUGUCGUGGCGACUGUUGGUGUGUGUGUGUUGAUGUGUUGGUGGUGUGGCGAGUGUUUGUUGAUGUAUUGGCGGUGGGCGUGGCGCGUGACGCGUGACGCCGGCCACUGGGUGACGGGGUCAUGGGCCUACCGGGGCUGCUGUGGUGUCGUCUUCAGCUGCUGUGAGAGGUAGGGGAGGGACGGGGGUGGGGGGGACGCGUGCUGCCGAGCGUGACGCAGCGCGGUGUCUUUCCGCUACAAGUCCAACAUGGCGGCCACGAUGUGGUGAAGAUUUUCAGAACGUGUGCGUGUGUGUGCGUGUGUGCGUUCUCGCCCCAGGUGGAGAGUGCAACGCGGCUGUAAGUAGCGAGCGGUGACCAGUGUGUGGACCGCCGGCCUGCUGCACGGAGACACGGAGCCACGGCACGCCCACUGGCGGUGAUGGCGCCCCUCCUACGCCUGACACCUGCCGCGCCUCACCCCUGACCCGUGGUGGCGUCCCUCACCGAGGGCCUGCGCGCCCUGCUGGCUGAACUGGACAUGUCGCUCAGUCGCGGAGAGGAGACCACACUGCCCAGGUCUCAGUCCGAAAUCGUGGUGGAAUUUUCGAGGCCACGCCAGUCCUCGGAGGAUGAGAUUGAGUCAGGACUCCCUCAACGAGGGCGGCUUGCUGCGCCAGACGCUGCCGCCCGCCUCUAGGGCGCCCUGCAAGAAUGCGCUCUUCGUGGACUCAGAUGCCGAGGAGGAGGCGUCACCCCGUUCCUCGGAGGCCACCACCGAUUCUCAGGGCGCGGUGGAGGGCGCCGCUGGUUCGCCGGCCAGCUCCAAGGGCUCCCUCUCAGGGUCUUCCGCCAGCUCCACGGUGAAGAAGCUGAGGAAUCUGUUAGGGGAGUCCUCCCUCAAGCCGCCUUCGCCAGAAAACUUUUCCUUCAAGAGUACCAUAGGCCUCCUGCCGUCCUCCAGGAAGCGGCGGGGGCUGCGGCAGCAGGUGGUAGUAACCUUCGCUAUUUGCCUGGCGCCCCUCGCCUGUGGGUUCGGUCUGGCCUACAACAUCACCAAGAACCCCUCGGAGAUUCUGGGACCACAUCUAGGACCCUGGAAGACCUAUGUGUAUUUCCUAGGGUGUCUGAGCGGCGGGUUCUUCUCUGGCUUCGUGGCCAACUACGGCAGGAAGGUGGUGGUGUUGUUGACGAUGGUGCCCAUGGCGCUGUCCUGGCUCUUCAUCAUCUUCGCGACGCAGGUGUGGAUGGUAUUCCUGUUCCACGCCACGUCCGGGGUGUGCACGGGCCUGGUGAUGGUGGUGGUGCAGGUGUACGUGGCGGAGGUGUCCGUGCCCAGGGUGAGGGGCGCGCUGUCCACCGCCCCCGUGCUGGCCUUCCAGGUGGGGUCGCUGCUUUGCUUCCUGCUGGGCGAGAUCCUGGUAUGGCGCAACCUGGCCAUCGUGGGCGUGUGCGUCUCGCUGCCGGUGUUCCUGACGGUGGUGCUGUGCAUGCCGGAGUCGCCGCGGUUUCUGAUCCACAAACACCCGAGCGGCGCCUACGCCACGCUGCAGUGGCUGCGCGGCGCCAACAGCGACGUGAUGGAGGAGUACCACGAUAUAUCUGACGCCGCCGACAUCGAUCGCUGGGCAAUCCACUGCGACGACCUGCUGCGGCCCACCUUCUGGCGGCCGCUACUGCUGUCUUGCGGCCUUAUGUUCCUGUACAGUAUGGCGGGCUUGUCCUCGUGCACGCUGUACGGCACGGAGCUGUUCGCCGAGGUGUCCAACGUGUACGUGAAUGUGGCGCACUUCGUGGUGACGGUGGUGCUGCUGGUGGCCAUCACUCUCUCUGCCCUGCUCGUGGACCACAUCGGCAGGAAGCUGCUGCUGCUCCUCUCCCUCACCAUCAUGGCGGCCUCCUCCUUCGUGCUGGGCCUCUUCCUCUUCCUGAAGGACCUGCACCGCGUGGAGAAUUACUUCAUGUACCAGUGGGUGGCCGAGGUGUUCUGCGUGGUGCUGUUCACCUUCGCCUACGGCAGCGGCCUGGCGCCCAUUGCCUGGGUCACGCUGGGGGAGAUCUUUAGCCCGCAGUACAAGUGGCUGGGCGUCUCUAUGGCUUCCAUGGUGCUGUGGUCCUCCAUGCUGGCUGUGGAGGUGCUCUUCCACCGCCUGCGUGUUGCCGUGGCCACAGGCGGGAUCUUCUGGAUGCACUGCGUGGUGUGCGUGGCCGGCUACAUCUUCGUGCUGGUGUGCUUCCGCGAGCUGAAGGAGCAGCGCAUCGACAGCAUCACCAAGUCCUUCGUCAAGAAACAUGACAGUCUGAUCGAGACAUUCAUGGCGCGCGUGUGAGGAGGCCGUGCGCUCGCUCGUCCCUCCCGCAGAAUCCUUCGUCAGGAUUUACUCGCCUCACAAAUCGGAUCCGAGAGCGAGUCGGGGCAUUAAACUCCUCAGACAAGUGCACCUUACCGUCACUGGCUGAGGCUGAGAUGCAUUUAAGAACGGAAUGUGUGUGUGUGUGUGUGUGUGUGUGUGUGUGUGUGUGUGUGUGUGUGUGUCGUUUUUGAAUGCCAGAGCUAACCAGUAUGUCCCUUGGUGGCUCGUUUAUUGAAGGUCGUCCUGGAAACCUUACAUUACUUAGAGUGUAAGAAGACUUUCGUUGCGUCGCAUUUCAUACUACUGUAGUUCACCGUCACAUAAAGAGCAAUACAGACUUACCUCGUCGCUUCUUGUGCAGGCGAGGAGUGUGUGACGAGGCUGAGGGGAAGCUGUUUGUCCCCCCGCGUGCCUCAGGCUGUCAGUGAUGAGUUAAAUAAAGAUAUGAUAAAGUAAGUGAAUAAGUCUUAUCUUAAUUGAUUUAGCUUUGUAAGGAAUGUUUUUACGUUAAGUUUUGUAUAUAAUGUAAAUAGGUCGUUGUUGUUUUUGUUGUUGUUGUUGUUGUUGUUGUUGUUGUUGUUGUUGUUGCUGUUGUUGUUGUUGUUGUUGUUAUAUUAUUAUUAUUAUUAUUAUUAUUAUUAUUAUUAUUAUUAUUAUUAUUAUUAUUAUUAUUAUUAUUAUUAUUAUUAUUAUUAUUUCUGUAUUGAUGACGCUGACAACAACUACUACUACUACUACUACUACUACUACUACUACUACUACUACUACUACUACUACUACUACUACUACUACUACUACUACUACUACUACUACUACUACCAUCACCACCAACACUACUAUUCCUUCUUCAACAACAACAACAACACCAACAGCAACACAUGAACAAAAGCAGACUAGACCAGUUUCUUCAUUCUAUUUUAUGUCCUUAUUUUCUUUUCUUUAUACCGGUAACCAAGGACACUAAUUAUAUUUUACAGCCACACUAAAAUUAUAAUGAUGUUUUUAAAAGUGGCUUCAUUCUCGAGAGUGAGUGCUUCUGUGUGUGUGUGUGUGUGUGUGUGUGUGUGUGUGUGUGUGUGUGUGUGUGUGUGUGUGUGUGUGUGUGUGUGUGUGUGUGUGUGUGACCGCAAUUGUUACGAUUUUUGGGUCACAUGGGAAAAUAAACGUCACGACCGCGAUCUGGUCUAUAAGUCUGAACAUUUCCCGACUCACUGAGGGAUGGAGGAAAGCCAGCGGUUGUUGUUGUUGUGGUUAUAGUAGUAGUAGUAGUAGUAGUAGUAGCAGUAGUAGUGGUGGUGAUGGUGGUGGUAGUAGUAGUAGUAUGUAGUAUCAGUCGUGGUAGUACUAUUUGUUCUUGCGGCUGUUGUAGUAGUAAUAGUGGUAGUAGUUGUAGUAAUAGUAGUAGUAGUAGUGGUAGUAUUUGUUGAUGUUGUUUUUUUGUCUCCUUGCCGUUGUUACUGUAAUAAGAAUAAAUGAUGUUCUAGUAUCGUUUUCCUUCCUUCUAGCUAUAGCGGAGUAUAAUAAAUAUAAAAUAGA